AUGCUUCUCUCAAGUCAUCCACUGAUUUCGCCCAGAACCCGUAUCGCCAGAAAUCAACCUCAAGGGAAUAAAGUAUGGGAUGCAUCAGACAUCACAUCCUCACGUACAACGCUAGGCUACGUGAAUCUCCAAGAUGUUCCUCGGCAUCAAGGAUCCCUAGCUGAUGUAGUGAAGCUGGCUUCUAGAGAGCAUACGUGUCAUGACGCGACCACAGGCCAAUGCUACAACUGUGAUACCGUAGCCAUGUAUUAUCUUCUCGGAAUUGAAUGGGUCCUCAAAGGAGACGCGACAACAACACUGAAGCGAGACGAUCUGAUACCGUGUACGGCGGAUCUGCUUGAGUUGGUGUGGCAAAUGUGCCAGAUGGUUAUUGCACACUUGGGCUCUUCCUAUCAGGCUGUCGACUGGUUUAAGCCUAUGACAAAGCAACUGUGGACAUUGGCAAAACAGCUCAAGGAAGAAGCAAGUGGAUCCGAUUGCUACGUGGCAAACUCACCAACGAGUAUUCACCAUCAUCACUAUUUCAGCCAUCAUCGACCAUCAGGAGCAAUAACACCCACGUCUCCGCCUCAGUCGCCCGUGGUUUUUGAGGGUGAGGGAGAAGAAACACAAUGUGACGAACAGGAAAUGUACCGUCGCGCAAUCCGUAUCACAAUCUACAACUGCCGUGCUCUAAUGUAUCAGCAUGGGGAUGACAUUGAUAAGGCAACUGUUUAUUUUCGCAAAUGUGUCGCCGUACGCCCGCCUGCGCUGGAGCAGCAGAAGCUGCUUCGACAAUCGGCAGUAGCAGCACUCGAUCGGUUGACUCAGGAAUACUUUACAGCAAAGUCAAUAAGCAGCUCGCUUUCUUGCAGUAGCGGCGGAUCCUCCUCGUCUAGCUCUUCCUCCUGUGGUAACUGCGGUGUCGAGAAGCGUACAAUGCCCGUUUGCGCUCGGUGUAGAGCCAAGUCGUACUGUAGUGCCCGAUGCCUUGUUGCUCACAAGAUUGCACAUGAACAGGAAUGCAAGGAGCGGAUGUUGCUUACUGGUGGUAUCAGUAAAAAUUAG